GAAUUUGAUCUAUUCUCGAAGGAUUGGGCUUUUGGUCCUUAAAUUUAGGGCCUGGCCUGCAAAUUCUGGCUGACACACGAAAGUAUUAGCCGGCUGGCGCAGGUCGCGCAGCCAGGGCAGGAUGGCACGUCUGGCUAAUUCCAUUGCGCUCCUUUGCAUUAUUUUUGGCAUGGUCAAAGAAAGAUCAGAGAUGGUUUUGAGCUGGGUCUGUUGCGUGUUCAUCGUAUUUCUUUAUUCUAGCUUGUAUCUGGUUCCGUGGUGCGUGUAUUGCCGUUGGAUUUAUGGUGGAGUAGCUUCCUGUGAUGGCAUGACCCAUCUUUCAAGAGCACUCAAGACUGAUGUGCGGAAAGUAGACAGGCAUCCUCCUAGCUUGCAACAUCAAGGGCGAUUGAACUCAAGGGAGAUAAAUCAUUGGCUAGAGUGUCUGGGAAUAUGCCGAGAGCCCGGGGAAUAAAAGGUUCGUGUAUCAAAUCAUGCGCGUGUUGAACAAAACACUUCGAAAGGAUGGGUUUUGUCCUUUGGGAAGCGGGGAUCUUUGUUGUUCGUAUUGUGUGCUGUGUAUCGCAUAUUCAGAUUAAGUUAGAUAUAAGGAUUAUAAUUUAUUACCC